GGGAUCUCACCCGGGCCGGGAGGAGCAGGAAGCGCCCAGUGAGUGCCGGGCGGGGACCAUUCACCUGUUGACUCCGUGCACUCGAGUAGAGGCGGCGGCUCCGGGUCCCGAGGUCCGGUGGGCAGUUCCCCAGAUGUGGGGAUCGGCCCUUGGAAAAGGGUCGCGGUCGACCAAGUGUCCCACGGCGUGUCGGCGGGCGACUGGAGCUAGACCCACGUUGCAUGCACCUCCCGUCGCAUGACUGCUGCCCUCUGCAAAGCACCAGCCAUGAACUACGUGGGGCAGCUGGCGGAGACCGUGUUUGGGACGGUGAAGGAGCUGUACCGGGGCCUGAACCCGGCCACGCUGAGCGGCGGCAUCGACGUGCUGGUGGUGAAGCAAGUGGACGGCUCCUUCCGCUGCUCGCCCUUCCACGUGCGUUUCGGCAAGCUGGGCGUCCUUCGCUCCCGGGAGAAGGUGGUGGACAUCGAGAUCAACGGGGAGCCAGUAGACUUGCACAUGAAAUUGGGGGACAGUGGAGAGGCCUUCUUUGUCCAGGAGCUGGAGAAUGGUGAAGAACAUGUGCCUCCCCGUCUGUGCACGUCGCCCAUCCCUUGGGGGGGCCUGUCUGGGUUCCCCUCUGACUCCCAACUGGGCACAGCCAGCGAGCCAGAAGUGGUGACUGCGGGCAUGACCAACACAGGGCGGAAGAAGAAGCGUCGCAGGAGGAAACCCAGGCGGAAGGAGGACGCCGUGGCGACCGACUCCAGCUCCGAGGAGCUCGAGGCGGGCACUGAGAAUGAGCUGUCCCUGCUGGAAAGGCCGAGGCCAGAGGCCCCAAGGAGUGUGGGGCCCAGCAACAUCCAGUCAGAAGACGAGUCCUCAUCACAGCCCAGAGACAUCUACCCCUACUCAGACGGCGAGUGGCCUCCCCCAGCCAGCCUCCCACCCAGUGCACUGGAGUCCCCCAAGAGCGACUCGGAGCUGGAGCUGAGGACGCCUGAGCCCAGCUCCCUGAGAGCUGAGUCCCACAUGCAGUGGGCCUGGGGGAGGCUCCCCAAGGUGGCUAAGGCCGAGUGGCCCGAGUCCUCAGUGCUCCCCAAUGUCCAUGCCGAGCCAGCCUCUCCAUGCCAGGGGGAGCCCAGCUCCCCUCCUUCCUCUGGAGCAACUGUGGAUCCUUCAAGGCCCCCAACCUUGCAAACAGGGGCUGGUACUGAACUUCUUCAGCUUAAAAUAGACCCUGAUCUGGAUGGUCACUCUCUCCUGGCCCCUGAGAGACUGGAAACCAAGACUCAGAGCUCCAGGGACACACGCCCCCUUCCUGCCUUGAAAUCAUGGAGCUGGACCACUCUGGACGUCUCUGUCCCCACCAGGCAGCCAGAGGGGGUGUCCAGAAGGAAAGGGUCCCUGAAGAGAAGCCAGCACCUGGGCCCCAGUGACAUCUACCUGGAUGACUUACCCUCGCUGGAUUCUGCGAAUGCAGCCCUGUACUUCCCCCAGAGUGACUGUGGGCUGGGGGCCAGGAGGUGGAGUGAACCCAGCAACCAGAAGACCCUGGGGGACCCCAUCCCUGAACAGGAGCCAGAACAUACUUCAGACACCCCAGACAAAAUAGUACUGUCCCUCUGUGGAGGACUGACUGAGGGCCGGGACAUCUCCCUGGAGAAGUUCAACCAGCACAUCGUCUCCUACCAGGAUCUCACCAAAAACCCCAGCCUCCUAGAUGACCCGAACCUGGUGAUCAGAGUCAAUGAGAAGCAUUAUAACUGGGCUGUCGCUGCCCCCAUGAUCCUCUCCCUGCAAGCCUUCCAGAAAAACUUGCCCAAGAGCACCGUGGACAAGCUGGAAAAGGAGAAGAUGCCCCGGAAGGGUGGGCGGUGGUGGUUUUCUUGGCGGCGCAGGGACUUCCCAGUGGAGGAGCGCAGCGCCCAGAGGGAGAAAAGCACAGCCCGGGAGCACCGGGGGGAGAAGACUGAUGUCCUGAGCAGCGAGGACGACGCCCCCGACAGCCCUGUGAUCCUUGAGGCCCCCUCCCCGCCACCCUCUCCGGUCUGCACUCCUACCUACAAGAAGUCCCUCCGCCUCUCCUCAGAUCAGAUUCGGCGCCUGAACCUGCAAGAAGGUGCCAACGAUGUGGUCUUCAGCGUGACCACUCAGUACCAGGGCACCUGCCGCUGCAAGGCCACCAUCUACCUGUGGAAAUGGGACGACAAGGUGGUCAUCUCAGACAUUGACGGCACCAUCACCAAGUCAGAUGCCCUGGGCCACAUUUUGCCCCAGCUGGGGAAAGACUGGACACAUCAGGGCAUCACCAGCCUCUACCACAAAAUUCACCUAAAUGGGUACAAGUUCCUGUACUGCUCAGCCCGGGCCAUCGGCAUGGCUGACCUCACCAAGGGGUACCUGCGGUGGGUGAGUGAGCGGGGCUGUGGCCUCCCCAAGGGCCCCAUCCUGCUGUCUCCCAGCAGCCUCUUCUCCGCCCUGCACAGAGAGGUGAUUGAGAAGAAACCAGAGGUGUUCAAGAUCGCCUGCCUGAGUGACAUCCAACAGCUGUUUCUGCCCCAUGGGCAGCCCUUCUACGCCGCCUUUGGGAACAGGCCCAACGAUGUCAUUGCCUACCGGCAGGUGGGCCUACCUGCAUCUCGCAUCUUCACAGUCAACCCCCGGGGAGAGCUUAUCCAGGAGCUCAUGAAGAACCACAAGUCCACGUACGAGCGGCUUGGCGAGGUGGUGGAGCUUCUCUUCCCGCCCGUGGCCCGAGGCCCCAGCACAGACCUGGCCAACCCUGAGUACAGCAACUUCUGCUACUGGCGGGCGCCGCUGGCCACCGUGGAACUUGACGCUCUGACCUGAAGCAGCCCUGCCUGCCCU